AAUUCCAAUCUGUAAAAAAAUCUUAAGAUUAGCAGCUGUUUAAAUUUUCGUAAAAUUACUUGCAUAGCUAAAACGUUAAAAAUGGCACAAAUGGAUUUGGAAUUGAAAAAGGCAUUUACUGAGAUGCAAAUUAACAAAUUGGACACUACGAAGAAGAUAAACAUGAUUGAUAUGAAGUGUGAUAUGGUGAAGACAGGUAAACAGACGUAUACGCUAACUGAGAAAGGAACCAGCAGUUUAUCGGACGACACAAAAGUAUAUUUGUCUGUUGGCCGUAUGUUUCUGUUGACAGAUGUGCAAAAUAUGCGUGACGAGCUAAAGAGCAAGCAGGACAAAUGCGACAAGGCAAUUGAACUGCUUGAAAAAAAGAAGGAAUUUCUACAAAAGUCACUGAAGGAUCAAGAAGAUGGUCUGCGCGAGCUUGUGCAACAGCGUAAGGAAGCGGACGCAACAACUAAAUAAAAAAUCAUUUGUGUUUGGAGUCCACAUCCAUUCUUGCGUUAUUUAAUAUCAAAGUAUUCAUCGAAAUUAAAGUUUGCAUAAGUAACAAA